AUGGACGUCUGUUCAAGCCCUGAUCUUGGGGAUUUUCUUGCUGCCCUUCUGCUGAACUCAGAGCUGGAAAAACUGGGGGACCACUUGGGCACACCUGAUACAUCGCUGGCCUCGCGCCUGUUUCAGGCGGCAGCGUCAGGAAACAGCAGUAGCGUUCGGGAGAUUCUUUUGAUCCACCCAGAAGCGGUGAAGCUUUCAAAUAAACAAAGCCAAACAGCGCUGCAAGUGGCCUCUCAUGAAGGUCAUACGGACGUAGUGAGUACUUUAGUCUUAGGUGGAGCACCUCUGGAACAUCCAGACGACGAUGGAGACACAGCAAUUGCUUUUGCAGUGCUUGGCAAUAAAGCUGACACCGUCAAACGUCUAUUGCUUGCUGGGAGCAACGUAAACGCAUCCAACAACAAGGGUUUGACUCCACUCCACCUGGCUGCUGCCAAAGGUCACCAGACAUGCGUGGAAGUGUUGCUUAAAUACGAACAGAAAUGUGAUGUCAACUGCCAAGACAAGGAUGGAAACACGCCACUGUUUCAUGCAGUUGUCAAGAACAACAAGCAAAUCAUCCACUGGCUAGUGAACAACCCGAGAAGUGACCUUCGUAUAAUGAACAAGAAGGGAUUUAACAGCUUGCAUCAUGCGGUGUUUUUAAAGAACAUUUUUGCUGUGGAGGCAAUUCUGAGUACUUCUCCCACUAUGAUCAAUGUUGCAAAAAACGACGGCUUCACAGCCCUACACCUUGCCGCCUUCAACGACAUGACGGACAUUACUUUGAUCCUCGUCAAAAAGGUUGGUUGCAAAAAAGAACUGAAAACUGGCAGUGGGCAAACUGCAUUGCAUCUGGCAACGGACAAGACACACAUCAGGUGCAUCGAGGCUCUCGUAAACAACGGUGCCAACGUGAACGCCCAGGACAGUAAAGGUAACACUAGCCUCCACCUGCUCAUGCUGAAAGCCUCUGUGGAGGACAUCCUAAGAAGUACACCAAUGGGACAGUUAUUGGAGCUCGUUGAGCGCAUCGAAAGAGGCGGUGGGUCAUCGGACGAAAGAUCCAAAUUCGUUGCCAUAGCGAUCUACCUUGUUACAAAAGGGGCCGACAUCUUCAUCACAAAUAGAGAUGGGAAAAAUGUUCUUGAUGUCACCCUCAAUCCUACUGUAAAGAAGCUUCUUAAGGACUUCUUCGUAGUGAAAAGGAUCGCAGACGCUCUAUCGCCCAGAUCACGUUGUGUUGUUAGCUAAAGGUUUGGCGCCUGACAAUAGCGACGGAUUCCUCCCAGAACAGCCCUUUAGAUUGCUUUAUUUACCAUUUGGAUUUUCAUUGACAGUGUUCUACAAGUAUAAUUGUAAUGAAAAUAUAUCUACAUGUGUCUUCUCUGUGAAAUGUCUUUUCAAAUGUUACAUUUUCAAUACAAGCUGUCGAUCAAAGUUUUGACAGGUUUUUAUUAACGUGCGUGCAAAAACGUGAAGAAGGUGUUUCACAAACGUGUGAAACAAACAUUACCCCAACCUGUAGAGUUUGUACAAGAUUUAUUGAUCAUUACUACAAAACGCCUUCCCUGGAAAUACUAGAACUUUGAUGAUGCAUACAAAGAUUCAUUUCUUUAAUUUAUACCAAGUUUAAAUAUGAGAGACAUCUGAAGGCCGGUGGAGUAAACAUCCCGUCCCCGGGUACGACUGUGGAGUACAAAAAUGACCUUUAUGGUCGUAACUUCUGCUGUUGGCAAGACCAAUUGUUUUGUAAGCAUGAGUAUGACGACGAUAUACAGAUUAGAAAUACAUUGCAUCAUCAAAAUAUUGGAAUGUCUGAUGACACUUUUGAGUUGGGCUCUUAACUCGAUUAAAUGAUUAAAUGUCCAGAAUAAUUUUGAUUCUGAAUGUAGUUCCUUCGCUAAAAUUUAAUGAGCAAAAAGGCGGUGUUAAUAGCUGCAGUUAUUUUUAAAUAAAACUUACAGAAUAAAAAAAAACAAAAAGGUCUGUUAUGACCUUAUGUUUUAUACCAUUAUGUUAAUGAUUAAAAUCUACAGUGCUUCUUACCAAACAGGCAGAUUUUAUUAAGUACAUGUAACUGAAGGAGCUGUGUCGUGAAAAUGAAAAUCUGGCCGUUCGAAUGUAGGCCUACAUGUAGUCGGGAUGGAAGUAAGUUUAAGCUUAAACAGUAGUUAAUAAGGCAAGAAUAUAAUGUCAAAUCAG